GGUGGAGGCCCUCAAGUCCUACGCGCUCCGUUCCCCUUUCCCUUUCCGAAGCUUCUCGACCCCCCAUCCCCUCCCUGACAUGGCCGACAACGCGAAGGCCGCGGCGGCGCAUGCGAGGCCGGAGUCGUCGCAGGAGGAGGAGGAGGACUGGAAGGAGGCCGAGGGGGACGUCGCCGAAGUCGACCGCGCCGCCACCAAUGGCGCCGGCGAGGGGGGCGUGCCCACAGACAGGCCGAUCCGGGUCUACGCCGACGGCAUCUACGACCUCUUCCACUUCGGCCAUGCCAAGUCGCUGGAGCAGGCCAAGAAGUCGUUUCCAAACACAUAUCUUCUUGUUGGAUGCUGCAAUGAUGAGUUGACACAUAAAUUCAAAGGAAGAACUGUUAUGACUGAGGAUGAGCGAUAUGAGUCACUUCGUCAUUGCAAGUGGGUUGAUGAAGUCAUUCCAGAUGCUCCAUGGGUGGUGACAGAAGAGUUCUUGGAUAAGCAUAACAUUGAUUUUGUUGCUCAUGAUUCUCUGCCGUAUGCUGAUGCUAGUGGAGCUGGUAACGAUGUUUAUGAACAUGUAAAAAAGCUUGGUAAGUUUAAGGAGACUCAGCGCACUGAUGGGAUAUCAACAUCGGACAUUAUAAUGCGGAUUGUUAAAGAUUAUAAUGAGUAUGUUAUGCGGAAUCUGGCCAGGGGCUACACUAGAAAGGAUCUUGGUGUUAGUUAUGUCAAGGAAAAACGACUGCGAGUGAACAUGGGACUUAAAAACCUGCGUGACAGAGUGAAACAGCACCAAGAAAAAGUAGGGGAGAAGUGGAGCACGGUUGCAAAACUCCAGGAAGAGUGGGUGGAAAAUGCAGACCGCUGGGUGGCUGGUUUCUUAGAGAAGUUUGAGGAAGGGUGCCACUCAAUGGGGACAGCCAUCAAGGAGAGGAUCCAGGAGAGGCUCAUCAAGGCACAAUCCAGCGACUUUGGCAGCCUCCUACAGUACGACAGCUACGAUUCUGAUGAAGCCAAAGAAAACGACGAGGACGAAGACGAAGAUGAACUCUUUGAAGACGUCAAGGAAUAGCACCUCCGUACAUAUACAAUGGUUUUGUAGCUGCAAAUUGUGUUGUGAGUCAGUUGCCUCUCUCUGGUUGGUGAUCUUUAUAUAUGGUCUCAAAGGUAGGUCAGGUUGCAAUGUUUGUAGCUGCUCUUGGUGUUUGUUCAGGCAACGCAUGGUUGUAAAAGCUGUGGAAAGACUCUUGUGCAGUCAAGGAUACAGAUUCCGAUGGUUACCUUUGGGUUAGAACAUAUACGGCUGUAAAAUUGGAAGUCGAGGUGGUUAAAACUCUGAU